AUGCUUGUACUAACUGAAUCUUCAUAUAACAUAGACUUGAAAUCUUCAGAAUGGGACAUGCAUGUUCUUCUUCCAAGACCGACAUUAUUCUUAUCAAAUAAAAUACAAUGCACAUCACAACUAAGUAGAAUGAUGGUUGAGAAGUUGAUUGAAAUAGAGGGAAAUAUCAACAGAAAUAGGAAAAGUAAUGGAUUCACAUUCAGCACAAGAAAUGACUUUCUUCGUCCAACAAAGCGCGAAGCCUGUAAUAGAUACUUGGAUUUACCAAACAUUUCGAAAACGGUGGUGGAGAUAAUAACGCAUUUAACUCGGUCGCAUAUUUAA